GGCAGCACCUCCCACAGACGCACAGCGGCAGCGCUGCUUUUCUUUUUUUUUUUUUCCUCUUCUUUUUUUUUUAACCCCCACAAUGAUAUUCAAGACACUUGCGACUCGCCUGCGACUGUAGAGCGAGCGAGAGAGAGAGAAAGAGAGAGAAGGGGGGAAAGCACCCAGAAAAAGAGAGAACCUUACCUCCUCAAAUAAAAAAAAACGAGUGAGGUAGGUAGGAACCAAGAGGCAGAAGAAGCGAGAGGAAGAGAAGAGGCUGUGGAGUUUAACAGAGAGGCAGCAGCGGCGGCUCGGAGCUCCAGCGAGGAGUGUCUAAUUGCGUGCGCUUUAUUAGAAAGUGUCCAAUUUUAACCGCAGAUUCGACAUGUCAUCGUCGGGGAAAGACAACAGCGGUGCCCAGCACGCCAAUUACGUGGGACCUUACCGUUUGGAGAAGACGCUCGGGAAAGGACAGACAGGGUUGGUAAAGCUUGGAGUGCACUGUGUUACAUGCCAGAAGGUUGCCAUAAAGAUUGUCAACCGGGAGAAGCUCAGCGAGUCAGUACUAAUGAAGGUGGAGCGAGAAAUAGCUAUUUUGAAGCUCAUAGAACACCCACACGUUUUAAAGCUACAUGAUGUCUAUGAAAAUAAAAAAUACUUGUACCUUGUGCUAGAACAUGUGUCUGGCGGUGAACUGUUUGACUACUUGGUGAAGAAAGGCAGAUUAACACCGAAAGAGGCCAGAAAGUUCUUCAGACAAAUCAUGUCUGCCCUCGACUUUUGCCACAGUCAUUCGAUAUGCCACAGGGAUCUAAAGCCUGAGAACCUGUUGCUAGAUGAAAAGAACAACAUCAGGAUAGCAGACUUUGGUAUGGCCUCUCUUCAGGUCGGAGACAGCCUAUUGGAAACCAGCUGCGGAUCGCCACACUAUGCAUGCCCAGAAGUCAUCAGGGGAGAGAAGUAUGAUGGAAGGAAAGCAGACGUCUGGAGUUGCGGGGUCAUUCUUUUUGCUCUUUUAGUGGGUGCCCUGCCGUUUGAUGAUGACAACCUUAGGAAUCUCCUGGAGAAGGUGAAGUUGGGAGUGUUUCACAUGCCACACUUCAUUCCUCCAGACUGUCAGAACCUCCUCCGCGGCAUGAUUGAGGUGGACGCAUCCAAAAGACUAACGUUAGAAAAGAUCCAGAAGCACUCGUGGUACAUUGGCGGCAAAAAUGAACCAGAGCCAGAGCAGCCUGUUCCCAGAAAGGUAACCAUCCGCAGCCUGCCUUCUGCCGACGACAUCGACCCAGAUGUACUGGACAGCAUGCACUCUCUAGGCUGCUUCAGGGACAAAAACAAACUUCUUAAAGACCUGCUCUCCGACGAUGAGAACCAAGAGAAGAUGAUCUACUUCUUGUUACUUGAUCGUAAGGAGAGGUACCCGAGUCAAGAGGACCAGAACCUUCCCCCUCGCAAUGAGAUUGAUCCUCCAAGGAAGCGAGUCGACUCUCCCAUGCUGAACCGUCAUGGCAAGAGGAGGCCAGAGAGGAAGUCCAUGGAGGUUCUGAGUGUCACUGAUGGAGGCUCACCAGUGCCGGCCAGGAGAGCUAUCGACAUGACACAACAUGGACAAAGUAAAUCAGUGUACAGUAAAAGCUUGGAUAUUCCAGACGCCAGAACAAAAUGCAGCAAAGAAGAAAGGUCGCGGUCUAUUAGUGGAGCCUCUUCUGGCCUCUCCACCAGCCCCCUCAGCAGCCCACGGGUUACCCCACACCCUUCCCCUCGAGGCAGUCCCCUCCCAACCCCAAAAGGCACCCCAGUGCACACUCCCAAGGACAGCCCUGCAGGAACUCCAACUCCCACGCCGCCCCCAAGCCCAUCCAUCGGAGGCAUGCCUUGGAGGACGCGCCUUAACUCCCUCAAAAACAGCUUCCUGGGCUCGCCACGCUUCCACCGCAGGAAACUCCAAGUUCCUACACAAGAGGAGAUGUCUAGCCUCACACCAGAGUCUUCCCCAGAACUUGCCAAAAAAUCCUGGUUUGGUAACUUCAUCAACCUGGAAAAAGAAGAGCAGAUCUUUAUUGUCAUCAAAGAUAAGCCUCUAAGCUCCAUCAAGGCGGACAUCGUUCAAGCCUUCCUUUCGAUUCCCAGCCUGAGCCACAGCGUCAUCUCUCAGACAAGUUUCCGAGCGGAGUACAAGUCCACGGCCGGUCCCACAGUCUUCCAGAAGCCGGUCAAGUUUCAGGUGGACAUCACCUACACGGAGAGCACAGCUGCCACAAAAGAGAACGGCAUCUACUCUGUUACGUUUACCCUGCUCUCAGGUCCAAGCCGACGUUUUAAGCGAGUAGUCGAGACAAUUCAGAGCCAGUUGUUAAGCACACACGAUCAGCCUGGGGUCCAGCAGCUCUCUGACGAGAAGAACGGCCAGGUGCCCCACCCCGUCGGCGUGCCCGCCAAGCACUGCCCCUCUCCCAUGCAUGUGCGGAGGCGCGAGUCCGAAAACAAUGACGCCAAAUUCCCCGCUGCAGGCCGGGACAGAGCCAAGCUGUCUUUGGCGUCGGUGGGGUCGCAGGACGAGUCCUAGACCGAGACAUUUUUGUAGAUGUGCAAAUGCAAAUUUACUUAACAUGCAUAUUUAGGAGGAGCAUUAUUUUUUUAAGACGAAAAAUACACUGCAGCUCCAUAACACACAUCAAUUCCAACACUACAGCUUUCCAGUUUUUCAUUUCUCUUCAGUUUCCAUCAUCAUCCCCUCUCCCUCCGUCCGACCCAUCAAAUUUACCUUUGCCCCAUGCUUAGUUGUUUUUUUUUUUGUCUCCCUUGCUGCUGCUAACCUCUGUUAUGUCCUGACUUGUUUCUGAUACCAGGAAUUAUCCAGAAAACCUAUUAAAGUCCCUCCUUGUGAGCCAUUCUCCACUUGCCCUUCCUCGACUAACCCCCUCCACCCCCUUCGAGCGUGCCAGGAGUGUCGGACUUUUGUCAGUGGAGGACUCCUUUACGAAAGGGUGCUGAAAACCGACUUCCACUUUCGACUGCGCUCCCGACUCCACCUCUGGCACCCGUCAGUAGAAGUAGACAAAAAUCCUUUUAGUGUUUCCUUCCUACGUAAUCACACUCUCCAAUCAUCAACUAUCUCCUUUUCUUUCUUUUAUGGGUUUUAUUUAUUUUAUUAUUUUAUUUCACUGGGAAUAAAGCACUGUUCAAAAACACUUGACAUACAGCGUACAAGAAAACAUGCACAAAAAAACUCUGGGAUGUAUCAACGUUGAUUUAAAAACGUUAAAAAAAUAAAAAUACAAAAGACUUACAGAAAUAUGAGGAGCGAAGAAAAGGAGAUGUUGGGGGCGAGGUCCAAACAGCCAACGCAGGCGAUUGCCGGAUUGUAUCUGUUUGCUUUUUAUUGUACUUUCUUUGUGAUGAACUGGGUUUGAAUUCUGAAUUUUAUUAGACUUGAUACUACUGCUGCAAAAUGGACUGAAAUUGUGAUUUCAGAGAGGACGUGGGUGUCAGAAAAAACGGGCCGCGGGGAAAUGGGGGGGGAGAUGAAAUGAAAGUAUUGGGGGCGGGGGUUGCUGGGAGGGUUAUGUGGGUAUUUAAAAUGAAUGAUCUAUUCUCUUGUACAGACUGAAAGCAUUUUUAAUGUAAAAAAAUUGAAAUGUCUAGUUGUGACACUGUUAGAUAUCAUAGAAACAGGCUGCUGAUGCUGCGCCUGCCUCAUUCUGUCAUUUUAAAUUCUGUGUAUUAUUAUGUUUUUUUUUUUUUUUUUUACAUGAUCACCGCUGUCUUUGUUCGAUUGACCUGGAAAUGAUCCGAACAUUCCCUGUUCUCUGCAGCACUUUCUUUGAUUUUCCAGCUGUACCUCUCUCUUAGUCUCAACUACCAGCAGUAGGAGUAGAGGAACAAAAAAAAUGUGAUAAAUGCAAUUGUGAAUAUUUUUGUAUCGUCAACCUUAUUUAUUCAUAUCUGUUCAUCUCACUGUUUGAUCCCUAAUUUAUUAUAACUCGGCUAUUUAUAUGGACAAAGCUGUUAGGUCAGUUGAAUGUUAUUUACUACCCUCUUGUGUGUUUGUAAAUGGGACAUUUAAAGAAAGAAAAAGCUCCGCUUUAUUUUCUGUUUCGUUUCGGUCCGACUUAAACAGAAAGAUGUGAACUUUGACAAAUUUCUCUAUUUCCAGACCUGGAGGAAAGACGACCUUGUUGGAACUCUGGGGAAAAAAAGGAAUGAUUUUACCAGUAAUUUAAGAAUGUAGACUUAGCCUCUUUUUGAAGAGGGAACAUGCUCUUCUAUUGAUAUUUGUCAGUUUCAUAUUAUCGUGAGUUGUAUGCCAGACCUGAGGAGGGUGAUUCGGCAGAUCUGCUUCUUCUCUUUGUAAAUAGACAGACAAAGCUGUAGGGGUUGAUUGUCUUCUCAACCAUGCUGGGGAUUCCUGCUCUAUGCUUUUUGCUUGUAUUGCUGUGUGCAUGUCAAACAUGAGCUUUUCUUUGCAUGGCUUCAGUGUUUAAUGUUUCAUGCCAAACUCACCCCUUUUAUCAGCCUUCAUUGAUUUCCCCCCCUCCCCCUCUACAGUACUGUGUUUUAAAGUUGAAAUCCCCUUCUCUCUGCUUAUAAUUUGGCCUUUGAUUUCGUUUUUUACUCUCCUUUCGGUCCUGCUGACUUUGUUUUCCUUCCUCCAGCUUGUGCACAAAGGUUUUAAACAAUGCUUCCUUUACUCUGUACCUCUCUGCGGAAAGCUCGGUAGCUUGGGCUCUCUCUGCCUGCUGGUCGAAGGGGCACACGGAGGGAAUACCACUACUACAAAAUCAAAGCAAUACCUGAUAUCCACCCUCCUUUUUGUUUACUACAACGGGAAGCUGGCAGCACCGAGGACAAAUAUUGGCCUGGAAGGGUCUUCUUUUUUUUUUUUUUCUUUGGAAAGAGCAGGAAAACAACUUACUGAUGUAAUCCCCAUUCUAAAUAACUGUGAGCAUUUUCAGUGCUGAAACAAAUAAACUCAUUCAGUUA